AUGGGAGCUGACUGAUAUGGUGGUGUGGGUGACUGGAGCAUCAAGUGGAAUUGGUGAGGAGUUAGCUUACCAGCUGUCUAAAUUAGGAGUUUCUCUUGUGCUAUCAGCCAGAAGAGUGGACGAGUUAGAAAGGGUGAAAAGAAAAUGCCUUGAAAAUGGCAAUUUAAAAGGAAAAGAUAUACUCGUUUUGCCCUUUGACCUGACUGACACAAGUUCCCAUGAAGUGGCUACCAAAGCUGUUCUCCAGGAGUUUGGUAAAAUUGACAUUCUCGUCAACAAUGGUGGACAAAGCCAGCGUUCUUUGUUUGUGGACACCAGCCUGGAUGUCUACAAGGAGCUAAUAAAUCUUAACUACCUAGGGACGGUGUCCUUGACAAAAUGUGUUCUGCCUCACAUGAUUGAGAAGAAGCAAGGAAAGAUCGUUACCAUCAACAGCCUCAUGGGUAUCAUAUCCAUGCCCCUUGCCAGUGGGUAUUGCGCCAGCAAACAUGCUCUUCGGGGUUUUUUUAAUGCCCUCCGAACUGAACUUGCCACAUACCCAGGUAUAACAAUUUCUACCAUUUGCCCAGGACCUGUGCAGUCAAAUAUUGUGAAGAAUGCCUUAACUGAAGAAACCACAAAGUCUAUAGGCAAUAUUGGAGACCAGUCCUACAAGAUGGCAACCAGUCGUUGUGUUCGGUUGAUAUUAAUCAGUAUGGCCAAUGAUUUGAAAGAAGUUUGGAUCUCAGAUCACCCCUUUUUGCUCAUGACAUAUGUCGGCCAAUAUAUGCCAACCUUGACCUGGUGGCUAACCUGCAAGUUAGGGAAGAGAAGGAUUGAGAAUUUUAAGAGUGGUGUGGAUGCAGACUCCUCUUAUUUUAAACCCUUGAAGAAAAAACAUGAGUGA